AACUUUGCUUUUCAUGUUUAUCUUGUUACUAAGUGUCGGUGGCCGCUGUUGUGCUGAUGUGACCGUCGGCGACCGAAACAACUAUUCCUGAAGGAUAAGGCCGUUGCUCUGAAUGUGGCAGUGGAAAGUAAGAGGAAUGUUGAUGAAAAGUCACCGUGCAGAAUGAGUUCACAAGAAGGCAAAGUACUAUCCAGAACUUUGGGUUGUUGGCCGACUGUAGGGUCAGCAAUAGAUUGAAGAAAUACUGAGCUCUCAUCUCGGACACCAGCCUACUUAUAAACAAGUUACUUUCCUGACGGCCAUUUGUAUGUUGAUUUGUUUAUAUGUUUGAGGGCUCUUAUAUCGCCGAUAAGCGCCUCAUUGGACUGAGGAGGUACUGGGCCAAGAAAAAAAGAGGGAGGGGAAAAAGUCGCUGGGUUCAUCACAAAAGUGGUGGUAAAGCUAAGACUUUCCAUGUUGAGUCCCAGGAAGGGUCAAAGAAAUUUUCAACUGCUUCCAAAAUUAAAGAGGAUAAUUCAAGAGAAACUGCCACUGAUGACGAUGAUGAUGAUGACGAUAACGAUAAUGAUGUGAGUGAGGAAGCAGAAGAAACUGAAGUGGAUUCACAGGACGAGGAGGAGAGGGAAAGCAACGCAUCUGCUGAAAAAAUGGAGACCCUAUCACAAGGUGGUGAACAGAAGAAGUUGCUACAAUUAAUGUCUGAACAGUUUAACUCUGCUGACAUUCAUGAUGAGUCUGUCAUAGUUGCAUCUAGAAGAGGGAACCGGACUCCUAGACUGACUCGCAAACGUAAGAGUGAUGUUUUAGAAGGAGAUAAGACAUCUGAAGUCCUUGCUUCUCUUCCUCCACCUCCAUCUCAGAUCUCUCACAUCCCUACAAGUGGAAAUAUUAUCACAAAUGCUCUCAAGAAAAUCAGGAAAGAAGGAAUAGAGUCUCAUGUUCCAACAAAUGUACCUCCUACUAUGACAAGAAAAAUGCGAAGUGAAAUAGAGAAGAAAAAUGGAAAAGGCUUGAUAGAUGAAAAGGACUCUAGUGAAGAUACUGCUAGUGUCUCAGAGGCGUCUGAGGUGGAAUCGAAAUCUGAGGAAACCAGCAGUGAUAAAAACAUCCCUAAGAACCGUAAGAAAGGUCGAGGAAGAGAAAAGACCUUGUCUGAAAGCAACCAAGAUAAUGACUCUGGCACUGAGUCACCUGGUGUCAUUGCUAAAAGUAAAAAACUCCAAUCUACUGCAGAUGAAGAUCAGCAUACUGAAAGUCCAAAAUCCUCUUCACCAGGUGUUGGUCGAGGUAGAUCCAGAGGUAGAGGCUCAUCUGAAAGUAACAUUUCAACCCCGAGUCCUGCUGGACGUGGCAAGGGCCGUGGUCAGAUUUCAUCAAAAGAAGAUUCUGGUGAAAAGAGAGGAAGAGGAAGGCCCAAGCUCAAUCUAGAUAGAUCAGAUGGGUCUGGAAGCUUAACUACUUCCCCUGUGACUGCAGGUCGUGGUCGUGCAAAGAAAAUUGCAACUGUUGAUGAUGCUAAUUCUAGUCAUAAUAGUUCACUUACCAGUUCACCAGGGGCAGCAAAUCUGGGAAGAGGCAAAACAAAAACUGUUGCAGGUCAGGUUGCUAAUCAAAAUAGUCCAUCACCUUCAGUAGCUGGGGUAGGCCGAGGUCGUGGGAAAAAGCCUACUCCUGAUGAUAUAUCUAGUCAGAGAAGUUCUCCAGUAAAUGUUUUGCAAAAGAAAGCUAAAGGAAAGUCUUCAGAAUCUGAGACCAGUAUCGUUGAUACGUCUCCCGGUCAGCAAAGGAGAAGCACAACUCCACAUGAAAGAGAUCCAAGUCCAGCUUCAGAAACUAAGAGAAAACGUCUCUCACUUUCAAGAGAUUUUGGUACUGAGGCUUCACAGGCAAACAAGAGAGGGAAGCAACUCACUGUACCAGAGGUUUUGAAAAAACAAGAAGUAGGGUCAGCAGUAAAAUCUUAUCCAAGCAGAGGAAAGAAAGAAGAGCAGGACAUUGUAUCAAAUGUGAACACAUCAGUGAAAUCAGAAACUGUUAUAAAGCCAGAGACAGAUGUAAAAGCUGAGGAAACAGAACCAGAAGAUAGUUUGCCAGAUGUUGAGAAAGAAGAAGUAGAUAUGGAUGUAGAGAUAAAUGCAGAUGCUAAUGUCAAAUCAGACUUAUUUACAAAGACAGGCAAGAAAAAGAAGAAGCAUUUCAAAGGAUUGAAAUAUUCUUUUGGAAAUAAGAAGAAGAAGGCUACUGCUGGAGUAGGUAGAGGCAGGAAACCUAGUGGGACAACUCGAUUAGAUACCUCUCAGGAAACGGAUUCCGUCAUAUCAGAAGACAUUGACAUAGAAUCCUUAGAUUCUUCCUCUCAGGAUGUGCCAUCAGAACAGCUUUCACAAGAUCCAGAUGCUUUAGAUGAAUUAACCUCAGAUGCCGUUGAUAAUGAUAAUGAAGAUGGAGAACUGGAGAACAGCAUGAAGACACAAGCUGGAGAAGACGUUCUUGAUGAAGAUUCCCUAGAUGAGGUAAGCCAAGAAGAAUGUGGAGAUGAGUAUGCAGAUGAAACUGUUGAUGAUGUGGCAGCUGAAGAUGUUAAAGACACUGAGGAACGUUCAGAAUUAGCAAAUGAAGAUGUUGGCACGCAAGAGACCAAAGUAGAAGAAAAAACUGCAUUAGAGGCAGAUGAGGUCAAGAAAUUUGAUGAAACUGAAAACAUCAAAAGCAUUGUCGAAAAAGAAGAAAGUGUCGAAGGAAUUUCAGGAGGGAAUGAGGUGGCAUGCAUACCUUCAGCAGAAAAUGCAUUGAAAGAAAGUUUUAAUAAAGAACAAGAAGAUUUUAAGUUGGAAACUGAUACUAAAAAAGAUUACCCACCGGAAGUCGAGGCUGAUACUUAUAAAGAUUUUCCACUUGAGGAUGAGGAUGAGAGUCAUACUUUAGCGAAGGCUGGAAUAGAAGAAGCUGCAGAAGAAAAUAUCGUGUUGGAACCUUCCAGUGAAGCCGAUCUGGAAUUAAGGCUCGAUGAGACAUUGGAGGGGAAAAAAUUAGAAGUAGAUGAAACAGAACUGGGUAAAGAUUUAGAAGAUGGUGAAAAUAUAGAGGAAGAAGAGGAGGAGAUUGAUCCUGGCACUGAAAUGAUGGAACCUGACACAAGUAAUUUUGGCAGCCAAAGUUUUGAAGAGAUGGAGAGUGCUGUUUCUGCAGAGGCUCUGACACACACGGAGGAUGCAGAAAAGCCUACUAUGGAAAGUGGAGUCAUUGAAAAAAGUUUCUGUAAUGUGAGUGGUGCAGAGCACCAGGAUAUUGAUGAAGGAAUAAAAAGAUCUGAGGAAUUUGUUGAAACUGGAAUAGAGCAUGGUGAUAACAAUGAAGAGAUGGAAAAACCUGAGGAGAACUUUGUUGAUGGAAGUAUGUUAGAGCAGAAGGAUGGUAAUGAAGAAAUGAAAAAGCCUGAGACCUCCAUUGAUGGAGAAAAUACUGAAAGCUUUCAUAAUGUCAUGAACAUCCCUGAUCCCUUGAAAGAAGCUGAAGAAAAGAGUGAUAAAAUAGAAGAUCAACCUUCGGUAUCAGUAUCUACAGGUGCACCACAAGGAGUUAUCGAUGCAUCAGCAGCUGAUCCAUCUCAAGCGACCCUUGAGAAUUCAGAGAAGAUCUAUGAGGAUGAAUGUGAGGAGCAUCCAGAGAAGGAAACAACAAUUGAAAAUGUACCUGAAGAGUCUGAAAAAAUAGGUGAAGAACUGAAUGAUGAAAGUGUUAAAGAACCUCUUCCGCUCAGUGAACAUAAUUUGCGCGGGAGUGUCAGACGUCGCCAUAGCGUCAGUAAGCGAAGAUUAGAAGACCUGGGAGUGGAAGGACAGAAUUCAGAUUCUAGUGAUUCAGUUGGGGAAACUCGAGUUUCUUCGGUGGAGGGCGUCAGAAAGAGUAAAAGGCUUAGUCGAAAUAGCUCACCCCAUCCCCUUGCUUUUGCCCCACCUAGAUCUCCUGAUAGUGCUGGCAACGGCUCAUCAAAACCCAUAGCAUCGAAAUCUUCUUAUGUUGCGGAACCAACGUUGACCAACGUGCUGUGUAAAUGUCAAGGUAAUGAAAAUCCUAUCGCUGAUGGUAUAACUGGAGAUGUGUACUGCAAGGCUGUCGACUCAUUUGAUGGACGCAUGAUUGGUUGUUGCAAUGUUGUGACUGAUCAUAGGUAUGUUCGUGUCAGCGACAAGAUCCCCUUCAUGCUUAUCUGUGACAUUCACAGGCAUCGGUUAAGACUUCACAAUUGUUGUCCUUGGUGUGGUCUCUUCUGUACUCAGGGUGUUUUUAAUGAAUGCAGAUGGGACAAGAAUGGUGUACGCCAUUAUUACCACAAACUCUGCGCUCUCGUUCUGGCAAAAUCCACUCUUUGUCCUCAUUGUGGAAGUGAUCAGCCACCAACAGAAGUUCAGUUAGAAUUGAAAAUGAACAGGAAGCCUGUUAUAUAUCUAAAGCAGCAACAGGAGAGAAAAGAAAGUUCUGCAAGAAUGACAUGGUCAAAGAUGGAGGAAGAACCAGCAGCUGAUCCUGAUAAAAUACCUGAGGAUGAACCAACUUUCGACCUGAAUGGCGUUGUUAUUUCAGCCCAAAGACUUCCGUUGGGACUUCACCGCCAGAAGGUUCAGGAAGCUAUAAGAUCUAUUAACUCUGGAAAGUCCUUCAAUAUAAAGCCCUCUGGAAAAGGUAUAUAUUGGGCAUGUAAACAAAAUGACUUGGAGAAGUUAUUAUAUGUUUUAGUGAAUGGUGUCAGUCCAAAUAUGAAAGUUAAAGAAUAUGGUAACCAAACUGGGUUGCAUGUUGCAGCAUCGUACAAUUCUCUAGCUGCAGUACAUGUUCUCAUCCUUGCUGGUGCCACCCUGGAUAUGGUUGACAUGCAGUUGAUGUCCCCACUUAUGGUUGCCAUUACGAAAGGUCACAAUGAAGUUGUACAAUAUUUGGUACAAGCUGGAGCAUCACUCAUGGCUAAGAACCAAGAAGGUAUGACCAGCCUUCACUUGGCUGCAAAGUGUGGGAAUUUCGUAGCGUGUCAGUAUAUAGUGGAUUCUGGUCGACUGACACGUCACUCUAUCAACACCCAAGAUGAAGGAGGCUGGACACCUUUAGUUUGGGCUUCAGAGAACAGAUAUAUCAAUGUUGUUAAGUAUUUGGUGGACCAUGGUGGCAAUCCCCAGUUAUGUGAUGUUGAACAGAACACUGCCCUUCACUGGGCUGCAUUCUCAGGCUCAACCCAAAUUUGCUCUAUGUUAUUGGAUCGAGGUUGCUCACUCAGGUCAAUGAAUGCACAUGGAGACACACCAUUACACAUAGCAGCAAGGCAGAAUCAUACUGAUGCUGUCGUGCUCUUCCUAUCAAGAGGGGCAAGGCUUGAUGUUCUGAACAGCAAGCAACAAACGCCACUGGAGUGUGCGGUACCAGAGUCUGAUGUGUAUCUUCAACUGAGCCUGAAUAGCAACUUGUUGAAUGCCAUGCAGCAGAACAACUAUCGUACUGAGAAAAUCUUGAGCAGUGAUAUUGCAGCCGGGAAGGAAGAGGUUCCAAUACCAUGUGUAAAUGGAAUGGAUGAUGAUGAGCUUCCCAAAGAUUACCUGUACAUUGCAGAAAAUUGUGAAGCAUCCAAUGUCUCCAUAGAUAGAACCAUCACUUCACUUAAGUGGUGUGAGUGUGAAGAUGGAUGUAAUGCAGACACAUGCAGUUGUGGUCAACUCAAUUUCCAGUGUUGGUUUGACCCAGACGGCAGACUUUUAUCUACAUUUAACUAUACUGAUCCACCUAUGAUAUUUGAGUGCAAUCGUGCUUGCCGAUGCAACAAGCUGUCUUGUAAUAACCGAGUAGUCCAGCAUGGGAUCUCAGCUCACAUGCAACUUUUCAAAACAGACGGGAAAGGAUGGGGAGUUCGAGCACUGAAGACUAUUCAAAAGGGUUCCUAUGUGUGUGAAUAUGUCGGAGAGAUUAUCACAGACUUAGAAGCUGACCAAAGAGAAGAUGACUCAUAUUUAUUUGACUUGGACAAUAAGGAUAGUGAAACCUUUUGCAUUGAUGCACGAGGUUAUGGUAAUAUCGCCCGCUUCAUCAAUCAUUUAUGUGAACCAAACCUCACUCCAGUGAAAGUCUUCAUAGAUCAUCAGGAUCUGACAUUCCCAAGAAUAGCUUUCUUUGCCAACCGAGACAUUGAAGCUGAUGAAGAACUAGGAUUUGACUAUGGGGAGAAAUUCUGGAUUAUAAAAUACAAACAUUUCACAUGUACCUGUGGCUCAGAAAAAUGUAAGUAUUCAAGCAAAACUAUUUAUUCUACUCUUGAAAAUUAUAAUAAAAGACAACUACAGAGCUCAAAAAGUUAGUUAAUAGAUGUAAUUGAUAGAAAAAUAUCAUCAUUUUGUACCUGUAACUAAGUAUUUUAGAUAUCUAAUGAUAUUUAUUAUGGUUUUAUAGUGUAAACUGCAAGUUGCCUGACAAUUGAAAUGUUUAGUUAUGAUUUUUCUUUGACAAUAGAAUUUCCAUUGGAUAACUGUUGCAAAUUUUUUAUGCUUUUAAGAAACUAAGCCUUAAUUUUAUAUACAGAGCUUUGUUGGUCUAUGUUCAUUUUUAAGUACAAUUCAGUCUUAAUUUCUGUGACUUGACAUAAACCUAUAUGAAAAGUUUUCUCUUGAAUUGGAAAUGUUUUUAUUGGCUGUAAGCAGAUCAAAUGCCUGUUUUGUUGUGUGUGUUGCCUUUGACAUUGUUUAUACUAAAAAGUAGUCUUUUGUGAUGCAGCCAAGUUAUGGUGCCUUGACGUUUGAAGUAAAGUACUAGGGCAAAUAGCAAUUGUCACAGUAAUUGAAGUGUUGUUUUAAAGUCAAAGUGCAUUCCUUUGAAAAAAUUUAAUUAUUUUGAAGAAAAAGAAAUAAAUUAAGUGAGCUUCAGAGGAGCUUCCAGGAAUGAAUUCGUAACAUAAGCAUGAAGAACGUUUGUGGCCUUAGUGUACGUGUUGUCUUGACUGUUUGGACGCUAUAGCAUAUCUUACAGUUUUUCUUUUCGUAAAUUCAAGGGAAUUUUUUUAUAUUUAUGUAUAGGUGUUGACUAACUGGCCUGGAAUACCUUUCCCAUAGGAAUUAUAGCAAGAAAGACUUUCAAACAAGUCCAGGUUUUUUGUAUCGUUAAUUUGACAUUUUAAAUACAGUGGACAGUUUUGUAUAUGAAAAAUUAAUUGUUGAAGAUGAGCAUAUUAUACUGUAUCCAUGUUUUGAUAUCAUUGUGCAAAGUUAUCUGACUUGUCAUGGAACAUUUGAUAUUAUGUAAACAUUGCUGCAUUAAUGUUAUUUUGAUGCCAGAUAAGAUACGUAUCGUGUUAAAACUGUCCUUUGAAAUUGCAAGUGAUAUUUCAUUGGCUGAAUUAUCAAUAGCAAUAAUGUUUUACCCAGUGGUUCAUAUUCGUUGUUUUUGUUUCUAUAUUACUGUAAUUAUUGUAACAGUAUAAUUAAUUGUCUUAUCUUCUUUCAGUAUGUUAAUGAUUAUGUAUCAUGAUGUAAAUUCAGGUUCAGAGAUGAAAAACUUUCUUACAGAUCAUUUGUGUUAAGGAAGUAUAUUUUGUGUUUAGGGUUCAAAAGAAUAUCUCAAAAGGAAAAGUCAUAAGUAUAAAGUUUUGAAAAUGCAUUGUUAUUUGACACCUUAAGGGCCACUAGUGUAUGAGUAGUAUCCUCAAGUGAUGUUCGGCAUCAACAAUUAGAUGUAUGACCACACCUUUAUCCGUCCACCUUUCAUUGGACUGUCAGUUUAUAUGGUUACAGUCUGUACUUGUUAAGCUUUUUACAGUGUUCUGAGUAGUGCUAGAUAUAUCAAGUCAUAUUUUCCAUACAUGAAACAUUGCCCCAUAUUUCAAUACAGUGUUCCCCACCCCCGUAUUUGCAGGGGUUGCGUACCAGACCCCCUCCCGUGAAUAGCUAGAAUCCGCGAAUAGUUCAAACCCUUAUAAAAACACUUAAAACUGCCCAUUUUGUUAGUUAAAACUCCAGAAAAAACCGCUAACAAUUUUUAUACCUAAUUUUUUGAAUAGUUUUAUCACAAAUCUCUGCUUGUUUUUGACUGGUUACCAGCUAGCGCAUGGAAAAUCUGAUGUUAUGACUGAAGGUUUUUUGUUAGCUAUGAAAAAUACAAAUUUAUGAAAAAAAAUUUAUUUUAUGAUUAAAUUUAUAAACAUGAAUUUGUGGAUAUUUCUCAUAGGUUAAUACCGUGAAUUUUCCAUGAAUAAUGGGUGAAAUCUGCGAAUACGGGGGAUUCACUGUAGUACAUGGUCUUUGUGUUUACUGCUCUUUUAAAUUUAUUAUUUUAGAUGGCAAGUAUGUUAUACUGAGCAUAACUUUUUGAUUGGCUAAUGUAAAAUUUUCCUUUUGUCUGAUUCAUACUGUUGUUGGAAUUGUAUAAUGUCACCUUUCCCUGCAAGGUGCUUAGUGGGCAAUCGAGUUGUUUCUAAGUUAAUUGUUCUGGGAUGAUGAUGUGGGCUGGUGGUUUAUGAGGUUUAAGCAUUAGCAAAGUUGACCAUACGUAGUCUUUUUUGAUAAGCCAGAAUUUUAUUUUAAUUCCUUAGUAACAGCAGGUCUCAUUGUACUGUGAAUGUGCAGUUUUUGUUUAACACAAUUAUGAAGUGCCGAGUAGUAUCAGGACAGGAAAAUUUACUGACAUGCCUAAGUUCUUGUUGUAAAUGAAAUGACUAAGAAUUUAUUUUCUUUUGUAGUAGUUUGAUUGAUUUUAGGAAAAUUAUAAGCCUGUUGGAUGCAAAUAGGACAAUGGAAGUGUUUCAGUACAGUAGCAAAGUAUAUUCAAGAAUGUAAAAUGUAGUCAGGCCUUUCAGAAUUAUUUUAUAACAUUUUUCUCUGUAUUUGAAUGUUAUUUAUAAGUAUUUUUUUUUGUACAACACCACAUAUUGACAUUUACAAAGUUCUGUAAUGUAAAUAAAGACCAGAUAUAU